AUGUCACAAGCCGUAAAGAGAGCCUGCGAUGCCUGUCAUCGUCGCAAGGUAAAGUGUGACGGCAUCAACCCGUGCCGGAAUUGCGCCUCGGCUCAGUUGUCUUGCACAUACAAUGCUAUCCCACAAAAGAAAGGCCCAAAGGGCUCACGAGCCAAAGUAAUCAGCGAACUUCGCGAGACUCAGCGUCAGACCAGUCUGUCGGCCAAGGUGCAAAACCGGAUGAAUGGCAUCGCUUGCCCGCCCACAACCUCAGGCUUGGCCCCUACUCCUGGCCUCCUUACCAGUGAACUAGUCAAGGAAUGUGCCCAGUUCUUCUUCGAUAAUCUCUAUCCUCAGGCUCCGAUCCUCGACCGACGACAAGUCGAACAACAAGUACUGUACAUGGAGCAGAACCGCGACGCCUACUGCUUAAUGACAUCUCUUUGUGCCUUCAUCAUGCUUCAGCCAGGCAUGUCUAUGCCUGCGGGUGACCCAUACAACCUGGACAUGGUCCCUGGGGCCAAUAUUGUUUCCAGCCAGCUUCUUCUCGAAGAAUGUCUCCGCGUUCGAAAAGGAUACGAGUACCUCGACUCCAUUACUCUGAAUUCCUUGGCCACCAACUUCUUCCUUUUUGGCUGCUUCUAUGGCCAGGAAAUGCAUGACAAGGCCUGGUACUAUCUUCGCGAAGCCACAACCAUGAUGCACAUGGCUGGCAUGGACAAGGAGGAGCACUAUAUGCAGUUUGAUGCCGCCGAGGCUUCUCGAAGGCGUCGCUUGUUCUGGCUCUUCUUCUCAGUUGAGCGGGCUUACGCUAUUCAGCGCCGACGGCCCAUUACUCUUCAAGCAACCAUCAAUUUGCCUACUCUCGGUGACGAUCCUGCCGAUCCCCAGGCACAUAUGCUCAACAGCUUCAUCUUGCUAGUUAACAUGUUUCGGCCGUUCGAUGAUGCCUUUACUACUACUUGGAACAAGACUCGAGCUCAGCUGACGUCUCAACAUGUCAACGGUCUACAAAAGCAGCUCAAUGAAGUGGCUCAAUCCUAUGCUUGCCAGGACUCAAAUUUUCAUGAUUUACAUACUAACCAGCAGUGGUUGAAGAAUACCGUCUGGCAGCUGACAAGCGGUGUGGUACAUGGCAACUCGGACGAUUCCAUGUCAUUCCAGUAUCCCAUGAACAUGUCACGAGAACUAUUGGUCAACAUGGCAUCACAAUUCCCUGUUCAAGUUGUUGAUCUUCUUGGCACCGGACUGAUUGAGAAGCUCAUGGAAAUGUCAUCAUCGAUGACCGAAUACCUCGCUAUGCAGCCUGCGUCGCGAGAUCCAUUCACCAUAGGCCCGCGCGAGCACCUGAGCCAGAUUCUUUCCAUGGUUGCCGUUGCCCGAAACGGCGACUAUCGCCUCCUGCCUUUGCUCCUGAACAAGCUGGGCGACGUUCUUCCUCGCAUCACGAACCCCAUGCUUCAGAACGCCCCCGAGAACUCCAACCUUGCCAAUAUCGAUAUCUUUGAUGGUUUUGGCACUGCUGGAAUGGCCCAGCCGCCCAGCCAGAUGCACAUGGCCAUGGACAACGACUAUGACCGUAAAUUCUCCGUCGAGGAGUACGAGAAGAAGUAUGCGAUGGAAAUGAACGGCAAUACCCCGGAAUCCGCUACUCAUUCCAACCACUCCCAGAGCUCACCGUCAAUCGCGCAGCAAGGGUCGGAUAUGGGCGGUUCCUUUGUCGGUUCUCCAAACAUCAUGUCGCCGGGGAUAGACUAUUCUCAUAACAUGAAUGGGUUUCCAUGCAAUCCGAUGAAUGAGAUGGUGAUGAGUCCCAUGGGAAGCUCUGGGCAGUCGAAUGGCAUGUCACAAGGCCAACACAUGGGACACGACAACAUGCCACAGCGUUUGAAUGGAAUGACAGGCCAAAACAUGCGGCAACAGGGCAUAGGCGUAAUGAAUCCUUUAGGCGGUAUGAGUCAAAUCCAACAAAGGCAAAGUAGCUUCCACAUGACGAGUCAACCGCACAUGGGGGAUUUCCAUAAUCUCCCAAGAGGGAGUUCAGACGCAAAUAAUCCAAUGGUUGGCAUGAAUACAAUGGGCGCAUACUAG